AUGUUAGGGAAGAUUCAGAGAUCAGAGAGCAACGAGCUGGACAAACUGAUCACCGACCGCCCGGACAGCUGCCGGCGCAAGGCGGAGGCGGGGGUGACGCGGCUGGCCCACGGCCCCGCCCACGGCCCCGCCCACGGCCCCGCCCACGGCCCCGCCCCGGGCCAGCUGCAGGCCCCGCCCGUGGUCACGCUGUCCCUCCAGUGCCUCCCCAUGCACCAGCACCACCAGCACCACCACCAACACCACCAGCAGCAGCAGCACCACCAGCAGCAGCAGCAGCAGCAGCACCAGCAGCACCAGCUCCACGCCCUGCAGGCCCGCCUCGCCCCCAUGUCCCCCAUGUCCCCCAUGUCCCCCGCCCCGGCCCAGACGCCCCCCCUCCACAGCCCCAUGGUGCAGCACCCCGGGAAGCUGCCCCAGGGCGACUACUACGGCCUGCAGGGCGACCCGGAGGUGGACGCCCUGGACCCCAGCAUCAUGGACUUCGCCCUCCAAGGGAACCUGUGGGAGGAGAUGAAGGACGACAGCUUCAACCUGGACGCCCUGGGCACCUUCAGCAGCUCCCCGCUGCGGCUGUCUGACUGCGACCUGGGGGGCCUGGCCCUGCCCCCCGCCCCCCUGGGCGACGUGACGGUGACGGGGCUGUACGCCUCCUACGCCGCGCUGGACGCCCUCUCCGCCCAGUACAUGGCCGCCGCCCCCGCCAACAGCAAGCCCAUCGCCCUGCUUUAGGGGCGGGGCCAGGGCGCACGCACGCCGCCGGCCAAUCCGGCGCCAGGAUCCACAACUAUGAACCCCGUGGAUCCAACCAAAGGGAGACCCCGGGACACGGCCCUUCUGAUUGGUCGGGUGCCGGUGAGAUCUGUCGACACAAAGCUGGGGAACCAAUGAGGUUCCAGGAUUUGAGACGGACGAUGAGAACUGUGAACGGACUUGAAUCAACGCGAGGAGACUCGUUGUGUAAAAAGGGAAGGACUACGUAUGCUCUGCCAAACAGCCCUAAGGCCUGAUGGUGUUAGCGCACCACCCUCCGCCCUGGACGGAGGUUAUCUCCACCUUACUUUCUGACCCCGUAGCUCCCUGUCUGUCUGUCUGUCCGUCUGUACGUCGUUUUGUGGUAGGAAUUACUGGUGUUUUAUUUAUAUAUAUCAAAUGCAGCCGGACAAAAAGGGAAGACUUUAUCAAACGUUUGCUGUAUAUAUUUGAAUGUGUUUUUUCUACGUAUAAAAGCUUUCUUCAAACUGAAUUUACCCACUGAUUCCAAAUGUGUGCCAACACUGUAAAAGUACUCUGAAUGUCAUCCGAACCACAUGUUAAUAUAAUCAAUCACUGACCGGAAUAAACACUAAACCAAGGCUGAAUCAAA